UAAUCUCUUCGGCCAUCUCUUUUGGAGAGCAAACCACCACACUGUGCAUUACACUCAGUAUCUUUACAGAGUGAAGACACACAUAGUCCUGUGUGUGUAUAAGUUAGCCAAACACAACACUGUCCACGCCUACAAAGAACAUAUAGCACGUUUUCAGUUUUAGUCUGGUGAUUAUUUUUGGGUUCAUUACCACAAGUGACACAUUACACAUAGGAUUUUUUUUUUCUGUUGUUGAUAUAAAAUAUCUAUUUGUGCAGGCUUAGCUUUGUUCUGUUUUUUUUUUUUACAAUUCCAUACUUGUUGUAACUAGGAGUUACUUAAUAUAUGCACACUAUUUGUAUGUAUGAACAUUUUGCAACCAUUGUUGGUCAUUGUUAUUACCUUGUAAACAUGAGGUUAAAGAGUGCACGUGGACAUCACAAUCAGGUCAUUGUAACUGAAAGAUAAAUGUUCCUUAGACCCGACUUUAUCAGCUCUGAUAAACCAUGACACACACUGCCAGCCUCAUCUUUGACCCUCCACAUACAACCACAUCAUCGUGAGAUCAAAUUAAUAUCACAGUGUAGACAGGGUACUGUAGUGCUGCUGCAGCUGUGAAACCAUGUCAUGACCACAGCUACUUUUUUUUUUUUAUUGCUAUAUGCUGUUUGAAAGCACUUCAGGUCUUCUAAAAAUGAUCCAGAGAGCAAAAAGUAUUGAUUAUGGCCUCUACUGUGAGUCAGUCUCUGUUGAUUUUGGAUAAAAACAACAGGAAGAAGUAUGUAUGAGGUGGCAGUUUAAGAUCAAGUUUACAUUUGACAUCGAUGAUGAACUGUGGUCUCGUGGUAAAGCUAUCACCUUGAUACAAACCAAGCAGGAACUUUGAAUAAACACUGAGCAUUCACUCACUUGGAAGCAUUGCUAUACAUGCACACAUGCUCUUGCUGAUAAAGUCAGUCCUAGCAUAACUGUCGACACAUUUAAUGAACAGAAACUACACCUGACUGCAGGCAAUAUGACAUUGUUUUUAAUGAAACAUACUCACAGUAGUGAAGGAGUGUAUUUACAUUGCACCAUGUAAGUCUGAACUUUAUAUCACAUAUACACUUCCCUGAGGGAUUUAUCAGGCGAACCCUGUCCUUUGAUUGUCACACAAACACACACACACACAGGCACACACACCUACACACCCAUAAAUGCGGUGUAUAUAAAGGGCUGGGCCCUUGAACUGUCUCUCUGUGGUGUGAAAAACAAACAUAAAGGCAAACUCCUAGCUCCACUCAUACACCAGUCAAAAAUGCCUGCAGACUACAAUGGACGCUGGGAGAUGGUGAAAAAUGACAACUUUGAGGAACUCAUGAAGGCCCUUGACAUCGACUUUGCCACCAGAAAGAUAGCUUCCCACCUGCAUCAGACAAAGGUGAUCGUCCAGAAUGGAGACAAAUUUGAAACAAAGACGCUGAGCACCUUCAGAAACUAUGAGGUCAACUUCACUGUGGGGGAGGAGUUUGAAGAGUACACAAAAGGCCUGGACAGCAGAAAGGUCCAGACACUGGUUACCUGGGAUGGGGAUAAGCUGAUAUGUGUUCAGAGAGGGGAGAAGGAAAAUCGUGGCUGGAAACACUGGAUCGAAGGAGACUUGCUACAUCUGGAAAUCACUGCACUCGACAAAGUCUGCCAUCAAGUAUUUAAGAAAGUCCAAUAACAUGGAAACAAACUCGCACAAACUUGUCUGUCGUGUGUUGCAUGUCGUCUGUUUAUAAUGUAACAGUGGAGACUUGUAUUGAUUAAUACCACUGUUCUUUUAAUGCACUUGAGAAACCUAUAAUAAACUGAUUUUAACACCACUGUUCUUUAUUAUUUUAUUGUCUUUUAUUAAGAACUGCAAUAAUGUUUUUUCAGUAUAAAGAUCCAGAAUUUCUCAGUUUGUUUCCAUAGUCCAUUAAAGUUCCAUUCAUUUUACAAAUUACACACACCCAUAUCCAGAAUAUGUGCAUAAUACUGUAUAAUUAAAUUAUACAUUAUAUAUUUUACAAAUGUAUUUAAAUGUUGUGUGAAUGGACUUUUGCUCUGAAAGCAGUUAUGUGAACUUUUUUCACUGUAGGGUUCUCAGACAACUUGCUAGUAGACAGUUAUUGAGGUUUUAUGAAAAGUUUGGACUAUUUCUAGAAAAGCAUGUAAAGAAAAAGGCUGAGACAAGUAAAGUUAUUGUUAUAGUUGUCAUAUUUUUGCAUUUGCUCUAGUAGACUGAAGACUUAAAUGUGAACUUGAGGUUGAUCAAUUGAAGUCUGCACUGUCUGCAGCGUAGUGGUGCACAUGCACGCUCGCAGGUGCAAUGUGUCUUGCUUCUCUGCAGGAUCCUGAGCUGCACCAGGAAGCGUGUCAGGAUCCACUUCGCUAGAACAAGACGCGUAAAGUCGCAAAAUAAUAGGAAGAUACAAACCGGAAAUAGCCAAUUUUAUUUUGUAAAUAGAAAAAUUCAAAUUGAUAGUGGUCACAUUAAAUAGCUUUCAGAGAUUAUAACAUGGAAGUGUGUGUGGGUAGCAACAUAAAAAGUGGGUAGACGUUAGACUUAAAUAAAUUGAAUGAAUAAUCUUUUUUUUUGUUUUAUUGAGAAAAUCAAUACCGGAAGUCAUUUUGUUUUUAUUGUCGCUGGAUUUGUUUACGUGGAAACAUGGUAGAGAAACAAAAACACUGGCUAACUUUGUUU